CCACGGCAUACCGUUCCAAAUUCCACGAAUACGAAAUACCCGGUUACAGCGUAGAAUCGUAGAUAUCUACGAGAACAAGAAGUCGUGAAAUUGAAUGCUCCAGAAAGAGGAACAUUUUUAACGCUAUGGCAGCAGGACCUGUUUCUGAAAGAAACCAAGAUGCUACCAUUUAUGUGGGUGGGUUAGAUGAAAAGGUUACUGAGCCGUUACUUUGGGAGCUGUUCGUUCAAGGUGGUCCGGUUGUAAAUGUUCAUAUGCCUAAAGACCGCAUUACAUUGCUACAUCAGGGAUACGGAUUCAUUGAAUUUCUUAGCGAAGAUGACGCUGACUAUGCAUGCAAAAUUAUGAACAUGAUAAAGUUGUAUGGCAAGCCUAUACGGGUAAACAAAGCAUCAGCUCACCAGAAAAAUCUAGAUGUUGGAGCAAACAUAUUCAUUGGAAAUCUAGACCCUGAAGUUGAUGAAAAACUUUUGUAUGACACCUUUUCAGCAUUUGGUGUCAUCCUCCAAACCCCAAAGAUCAUGCGUGAUCCCACUACUGGGAAUUCAAAGGGCUUUGCCUUCAUCAACUUUGCUAGUUUUGAUGCAUCUGAUGCAGCCAUCGAAGCCAUGAAUGGGCAGUAUUUGUGCAAUAGACCUAUUACGAUAUCAUAUGCCUUUAAAAAAGAUUCCAAAGGUGAGCGCCAUGGAUCUGCUGCAGAAAGACUAUUAGCUGCACAGAAUCCUCUAGCUCAAACAGAUCGUCCACAUCAACUGUUUGCUGAUGCUCCUCCAAUGCCUCCUCAAAUGACUACCAUGGGUCUCGCCUCUGGGAUGCCCCCACCGCCGCCACCUCCAUUGCAGGGACUUUCCAUGGCUAUGCCACCCCCCCCUCCACCACCACCUUCUUGGGCACCUCCACCACCGCCUCCUCCGUCUUCGGCUUUUGUUCCUCUUCCACCUCCAAUCCCACCGCCUCCGUCGUGGGCGCCUCCACCGCCACCACCAUCUACUGGAUUUGUGCCAAUGCCACCACCUCCAGCUUAACGCUAUUAACUCAUGUAUUGUUUGUGUACCGCCAAAUGGCGUAACGCUGUAAUAAAAUAAUACACCUUAUCUUUUCGA